GAAUCCAAAUUCACAACUAGUAUCACUCAGGCGUAUAAAGUGACAACUUGCUCCUUGUUUUAAAAUUUAAAAAUUCGAACAGUUUCGAUCGAGUUACCUAUACUUGUGCUGCACUUUUUGUGAUCUGCUUAGAUAUGAUUUACAACGUCAAUUUUUUCGUUUUUGUACUGGUAGCAGUGAUGGCUUCCGCUGUCAUGGUCAACACGAUAUACAUCGAGGACCCAGUUGUCCCAGUUUAUAUAAAUGAUAAUCCCGUGUUUAACCACCCCUGUGUACAGCAAUGCGUAGUAACAGCCUUGUACGAUCCUUUUUGUGGCACUGAUUUGAAUGAUUAUGGUAACAAGGGAUGGUUGACCUGUUUCGAUAGCUGUUAUAUACCAAUUGAAAUGCUGUACGAUGGAACAUGCGAAGAAUACAAAGAAUCCCUUAUCACCAUCAACGUGUGACUGAUUGUUAAUGAGUUACUGGACGUUUUUAAUAAUUAAAUUGAAUUAAGUAGAUAUUAUACUUACCUACUAUCCGAAUUUUCGUGACUAAAAAUAAAUAGCUAUAUCUUUAUAUUA